GCCGUAUCGCUUUUUCUGAGUUUCGGUGACUUCAUCUCAUACGACAUUCUUCGUUGUACGUCAUUCCCCACGAUCGCUGUAUUCGUGCUGUGCCAGAAUUUCAGCGAUGCAGGCCUCAUUGGCUACGGGAUGUCGUUUUUUCCAAGGUUCAAAUCACUUGUAAUUGUGAUGGUCACAAUGCUCGGUGCGAUGUUUGGCGCUACAGCGGAGUUGCUGUUCACCUACAGUACCAAGCCAAAGAUUCCGCCAUGUCAUUCGUCGUUCGUCUCAUCGAGAGACGGUAUAGUGGCUGUUCUCGUCAUGCAGCUACUUCUAUUUAUUGUCCUGGUAUUGCUGCUCGUUGCAGUGUUCAUGCAUAAACACAAAGGUCUAUAG